AUGAAUACAGUUGCCUACUCCCAACCUCAACAGAAAACCAUCAUCGCCAUAGGCGUAAAACAACAGACCAUGUUCUAUCCAGCUCAACCAAAAACCAUUACAAAGAAACGUUUCCAACCGUAUAGUCACAAUAAUAACAAUCGCAAUAAUUAUAUUGAACAACAGCAACAGCAAAGUAAUUCAAUAGGAGAAACUGAUUCCCUUUUUGGUCCCAUUCCAACCUCUGCCUCUUCUUCUGUAAAUUCAGUAAUGACAAUGUUUGAAGGUGUUGAUGUUGACGAAGAUAGAGCCACAGCAACAGAUAUCAAUUCAAACCUUUUACUAAGAGACAAUGAGCUCUUUGCCGAAUUUGACGAUUUUAUGUACCUCAACUCUUCCAAUACAGAAAGAUAUCUUACCUCUCCUCCACCUUCGCCUACGCUCACAUUUCAAGAUUUAAGCGGCAAUAAUGAUGAUAUCGGCUUUGAUGAUUUUCCAUUAUUCCCUUAA